AUGGAGUACUUGCAGUCACAUGUAAUCCACCUGCAGAAUGUUGUGAUCAACUCCUCAAAGGCUGUCGGAGUCAGGAGAGGAGGGGAGGACAUAACUCAUGUCAGGUAUCAGAAAGAGAACAUGGAAUAUUUCACCUUCACUGACAGAUUCGUAACAACAGCCUGUUCAGGCAAAUCUCGUCUGAAGAAAAUGUUUAAACUGGCAUAUAAACAAAACCGCAUUGCACCCAAUUCUAUGUACACUAUCAUAACUGCUAUUGCUGAACUCGAGGGGGGUACGACAAUGUAUGAGGGCAGUCUAGAGGGACUGACUGUUGGAAUUAUUCGUUCCGACUAUGCAAAUAUGUACUGGACCGUCAUAGAGCUGUACAGCGCAUAUCUAACUGCCCGGGAAAUGAACAGAGCUGCUGCCGAGACCACCAUUCUCAUCCUUGACGCCCAUCCAGCUACUGGUCUAGACGGAUUGUGGGAACUGUUCUUCAAGAAGGUUGUCAGAGUUGGGUGGUUGAAAACAACAACAUUCCUGGAACAGUUUGCCCUAGUUCCCCAUUUAAAACUUGUGCCAAUUGUGCGUGGCGAAAAGCCUGUUCCCUACAUCGACGACUUCCGGUAUGAUGUUUCAUAUCGGGCAGGUGGAUUUCAGGGCAGAAGAAUAGAUUGUGACAGGAUUAAGAUAACUCUUGUGUUGAGAAGAAACUAUAUAGCUCAUUCACGAAACUUUGGAGGUAUUAUCGGCAGGCAGUUCAAUAAUUCAGAUGACUUAACUCGGUCUCUGAAAAGCACAUUUCCUAAGGAUUUAGUGAGAGCCGUGGCGUUGGAGACGUUAACUGUCAGUGAACAAAUAAGACUGGCCACCGAAACGGACAUUCUUAUCGGCGUACACGGUGCAGGGUUGACACUCACAUUGUUUCAAGUUCCAGGAACAGGGCUGAUUGAACUAUUCACCUUCGACUAUAGACUAUACAGAAACAAUCACAUGGAAAAGUUGGCUGUUUUGGGUGGAAGGUUCUACAGCAGUUGGUACAGCGACAUCAUGUUUGCCAACUCUGUUUACGUACCUCCAGGUGUUCUGACGGAUAUGGUGGUAAAUACCCGUGGAAGAAUUUGCAACUGUACUGAGGGUCAUCAUAAGAUUAACUGA